AUCGGAACUAGUUCAGGUGCAAAACCAAAUUUUUUAUAUGCAAUUAAACCAUUUGGCCAUCUACAUAAACUUGACAUCCACGAAGUGCGAGUGCAACAAGCACGUGAAGAAUUGGAACGACAUGGUUUAGGUGCGUUUGCAACCGUUUAUCAUCGCGACGUGUGUCAACUGGGUUUUGCCAAUGAGUUAGAGGGCAAAGCAGUUGCAGUAUUUUUGAACUUACCGGCACCUCAGUUGGCCGUGCCAUUAGCAGCUAAAACACAAAUUAAGGGGAAGACUUUUUUGAUUAAUUUUCACCUUGUAUUGAGGAAUCAUAACGUUGUUGUAUCGCUUUACAAGGACAUGGAUUUGCCGAAAUUAGUUCAAUGGAAAUUCUACAGCAAGAGCAUGGAUGUUAAGACUAGAACCUUACCCGUGCUAGAUUUAGAAUUCCUGAAGUAUAAGAAACUCUCCUCACAGAAAUUGGAUGAAUUUAGUACUAGUGAAAUAAAUGAAAGAACAGAUCCUACAAAAACUCUUAAAGAAACCAAAACAAGGCCUCACAUAAUGUGCGCAGUUUACACUUCCAGGUCACACGGGGUAGCCUUGGUCCGAUAGCAAAAAUUGUUCAACUAUUCAAUACUAUAUACAUAUGUAUGUAAUGUAGUACGAUAAUAUGUAUGUAUGUUAUUGGCGUUCAACCGUUUAGCCGGUUAUAGCCGAAUCGAUGAAAGCGCGAAACUCUUCUCUUUCCUUCGCAGUUCGGCGCCAGUUGGAGAUUCCAAGUGUAACCAGGUCGCUCUCCACAUGGUCCCUCCAACGGAGUGGAGUCCUUCCCCUUCCUCGGCUUCCUCCGGCGGGUACUGCAUCGAACACUUUCAGGGCUGGAGUGUUUUCGUCCAUUCGGACAACAUGACCUAGCCAGCGUAGCCGCUGUCUUUUUAUUCGCUGAACUAUGUCAAU